AUGUCACUUUCAGGAAGCUUUUCACUAGCUGAAGCGCACUCUUGGCUUUCUCUCAUAGUGCCCGGUGUUCCUUCCAAGCCUCCGUCAACUGACACAGUGACUGUAAAUUACCAAUCAACAUCACCUGCAGGCACACAACUACAGACAAUAUACUCUAAAGGAAUGAUCUCAUUUCGGUCAGACUCCGUAUCAACAAUAGCUGUGAUUCGUGAGAUUAUCAGUGAAGAGACAACAAAUCGCCAAAUAAAAGUUCAGAUUUCAUGUGGUGGGCGAGUUGCAGAUUUUCUUACUAAGAGACUUUCAUUGUACGAUGAGCAUUAUGUAAAAUGCAUGCAUGUAUCUAGAUUAACUGCACAAAAAGAUAUUUUAGAUCUCAAUGACGCCAGCAUAGAUCAUUGUCUCAAGCGUAUGCAUCCUCGAAUGACUCACCUGCUUAAUCUGGAAAAAAGAAAGCUCAUGGCAGCCGCGCUGAAAUUAAAAUAUACACGAUUCCAGGAGUUGGAAGCAAAUUGUAGCGACACCUCUUUCUUAUCAGAGCAAAACAAGAAAAUACUCGAGAAUUAUGAUCAAAUUUUCCAAGACGCCGAAAAAGAUUCUAUGGAGGAGACAAACAUAUGUGGGAUUUACGAAUCGUUGUUACUAAAUCGUGCACGACUUAAUGGACAAAAUGCUCGUGGAAAAAUUGAUGCUCUGCGAAAUUUGCUAUUGAAUGAUUACAGUUUAGAAAAU